AUGUCGUCAACUGAUAGACAGACUCAUAACACAGGACGUCUCGAGAUGCAGAAACCACAGACGCCAUGGAACCAAACAGAGUAUCAUAUAGAAGACGCAGUAACCUAUCCCAUUCCGGAAGCUGUUGGUUUAUGUAUGCAGAUAAUUGGCUUCAUCGAGAACAUCGUUGUGGUUAUUCUUUUAAUUUUAAGACCGAAGCUGAGGAAACGUGCUCAUGAGUUUUUCAUCCUUUGCCUGAGCUUCAGUGAUUUGCUUGUUUGUAGUACUAACCUUGUGUAUUACAUACCGAUAUACACCAAAUUAAUUCCGUCGAAAUCAUUUUGUGAAAUGAUCUAUACCGGAUGGGUGGCAUUCUUUGGGAGUUCCCUGUUCCUCUGCUUCCUGAUAUCUCUAGAGAGAUUCAACGCUGUGAAAUGUCGAACUCAUUCCAUUUUUGCCGGGAAAUCAAAAUAUUACACCCCGUUUAUAUCGACUGUUCUUCUGAUCUGUUACGUUGUGAUCAUUAUCAGCAGUUUUAACACUACCGGAAAUUAUAACCGUUGUAAACUUGAAAGGAUGUAUUCUUAUGUUAACAUGCUGAUCAUCCUUGUUUUGACUCAGCUCAUCAUUGUUCUACCUUUAGUGAUAUUAACCAUUCUACUGUAUUCUACGGCUGUUUGUACACUGACACGAUUACUUAGGAAACAUCAACGCGAUGCUUAUGAGAGAAAUCCUCUUAUAGCCAAGUUAGACGCCAUUCCCAGUAAUUACACACAUUUAAGAUUAAAAUUCAAACCCCCAAGUCUUAAACCACUCUCGUCACAUUUUAAAAACGACGUUCAACCUAAAACUCCAUUUCAUGAUAAUCCACAGACUCAACCACCAUUAAUGCUCGGCGCAAUCUUCAAACACGGAGUCCGAUGUUCUAAGCGGACAGACAAACUGAAGACUGCUUUAACCACAGUUCUCAUUAUUCUGGUAGUAUUGUUCUUCACCUUUAUCCCACACAUGGUUAUACAGAUGUUAAAGUUGGCACACAUUCAUUUACCGGUAUUAGAGUUAACUACAAGAUUAUUAAUUAUGGCACAUCCUUUAGUUAAUCCACUUCUAUAUGUCUGGCGGAUUAAAGGAUUGAGAAAGGAGUUAUUAUCUUAA